ACACACACACACACACACACACACACACACAAAGAGAGAGAGAGAGAGAGAGAGAAACAGAGUGGUAAAUCAUUGGCCCAAACCAGAGAGCGGGCUUUUUUUAAGCUCCUCCCCUCUUGCUCUGCCUACAUUGUUUAUUCCAACGUCGUGUUGUGAUGGAAACAUUUCUACACUCACUCGGAUUUAUUCACGUGCACGCAUUCUUUCUUUCUCAAUAGGGGGGAGAAGUAAAAAAACAAACAUCCACAUAUCACUAAUCGUAUGUGUAUAGACUGUAUGUGGAUCGGUGAAGAGAACAGCGGGUGGAUGUGAGGUGUGUGUGUGUGUGUGUGUGUGUGGAUGAGUGUAUGAGUGUGUGUUACAGCCGCGGUGUGUUUGUUGUCUGCGUGUAGGUGAGAAGAGGACAGUCCGCGCGCGCUCUGCACCGCUCACUCUCAUCUCCUUCCUCGUUUACAUAAACGUCACGCGCAGGAAUCGCAUCGCACGCGCAGGUGGCUCAAAUUCAAACCGGCCCUUCUGUGUGUAUGUGUGUGUGUGUGUGUGUGUGCGUGAGCUAUGGUGGCGAGCAUGGCAAAUUUCGGCGACACAAAAGAAGUAGAAGACGGAAAUGGAGAUAUUCCUGCUUCGGACCUGAAAGACAAUCAGACUGACAAUGAGUACAACAGCUCAGAAAGUGCAGAAUCAUCAUCAGAAGAGAGUGCAGAUGAAGAAGAGGAGGAAGAAGAAGAAGAGGCAAAUGAAGGGGAUCCAGAAAACGUGGAAUCAUACGCUGAAGGAGUCACUGCCGACUCACAAACAGAGACUAGACCAGACAGGAAGAAUGGAGACCACAUGAAGCCAUUCUGUGAAAAAUGUAACAUUGUUCAGAGACCAGUCUACCAGCUUGUCACACCAAAAGAAAUCUGCGAAAAUCGAUGGCAGUUGACACUAGAGGACGAGGGAGUGUACGAGUGCUCGGAGACAGGGCUGGUGUUUGAGGUGUCUCAGAGGGUCCAGAUCCGCUACCGUGUCCUUUCCUGGAGCAAGUUUGGCGCUUUCCUGAGUGACACGUGGAGGUUUGCCGGGCCCAUUUUCGACGUGGACUGUGAUUCUUCCAUCCUCAAGUCCAUCCAGUUUCCUCAUUCACUCUGUCUGGCAGAUCAGGACAACGAGGUGAAAUUCAGCGUCCUGCACGUGAAGAACCACAAGGGCCUCAUCGAGCCUUCAGUCGAUCACUCGCGCAGUCAUAUAAAGUGGAAUGUGUCGUCUCUGUCUCCGGUGGGCCCGGUCGUACGGACGUCUAAGCCAGCCGAGCACCACGGUGUUGUCCAGGUCUAUAAGGAAGUGGGCCAGCAGGACUCGUACUCCUUCAGGGUCUACCUCGCUACCAACAACGACUCUGACAUCGCUGACAUUAGAAAAGAGGUAAGGACGGCAAAGAAAAAGUACAUGAAGAUCGAGAAGCCGCCUCAGUGCCAGAAGCUUCUGGAGGAGAACAGGAAGUACCGUCUGAUCAGUGAGCCCCAGGGGGACAUCACACCUGAGAACAUCCAGUUCACGCUGGCUGUGGUGAAGAUUAAGGGUUACUUCGAGGCAUUCUUCGAACAGCGUCCUCCUUUCAGGCUCUCACUAAUUGAAGCAGAGUCGGAGCAAAGCGUGUGGUCCGCUACCAUUCGAGAAGGUGACUGUGUGGAGAAUACUGUUGAAAAAAACCGAAGCCGAUCAUGCAGUCGGAAGCGAAACUCCAGCAUGUCGGACGUGGAGCUGACCAGUAAGAGACCUCGGUGGUGUGAUGAAUCAGUCUGUGUGAGCACCAAAGAGGCAGACAUGAGCGAUAAGCAGCUGAUGCAGGUGGCCAAAUGCAUGGGAAAGGAGUGGAAAUGUGUUGCCAUCGCCUACCUGGACCUGACCAAACAAGACGUGGAGGACAUUGAGAUAGCAACUAAGGGGGGCCAGGUCAUGAUGAAUUUCCACAUGCUGGAUCGCUGGAGGAGCCGGCAGUCUAAGGGAGAGGCCGGAGUCAUGCAGCUCUAUGAGGCACUGAACCAGGAAGAUGUGCCCAGAGAGGUCAUCGACAGACUGGACGAUAUGCGACGCAGUGACUCCCCUAAAUAAGUCCAGAACUUGUUCUUGGGUGGAUGCAUUUCUGGACUUUGUAGAUCUCAGCCCUGCAUUCUGGAGCCAUCAGCUUUAAGACUGUGUAUCCCUCAGGGUCUGUCCAAUUUCAGAAUUAUUCCUCUUUUUUGGUGGGGAGUAAUCCAAAAAAUUUCCUAGAUUCAUUUUGACAGCUAUUUGUGGAAAGCUAUUUGGUGUGUAUGAAUGGGAAAAUGCAGGCCAGAAACAUUCAUUCUUUUAUGAAGCACAGAUGAAGGCUAGUACACAACAAUAAUAAUAAUAAUGUGGUGCUUCACAUACACCAUGGGAGCUGUGCUCUGUAACUACUUGAGUGUAUAGGUUCUAUAUCCCUGUGUACUGUCUACUUUUUGUUCAGUUUUAUUUUUUUACACAUUUCAAUUUUUUAUCAUGUUAUCUUUGUGGCAUUUUAUCAACCACUCCAAAUAUUGUGUUGACUCAGAGGAAUGCUUGAUCAUGUUUACCCAUUAAGCUUUUGGAGCAUUUGGACCAGUUUUUUGUUCACUGUUUAUAACAUUUGGUGUGUUUUUUUUUUUUGGUUUUGUUUUUAUUUUUAGUUGUGGUAGCAAAAAAAGUACUGGUAGCUUAGGGAAAAUUUAGUAACACUUUCGAUGAAGGCUAUAUGGCAUUACACGAAUCGUUCUAAUUAUUAUUUAUGAAAUGAGGGCAAAGGUUAAAACACAGUAUGUUAGUAAUAUUAUUACUUAGGGCACAUUAUAUCACUGUUAUGUCUGUUACUCAUAAUGCAAACUUGGGCACUGUGAUAUAAUGUGUUAUGAACUUAUAAUGCAUAAUGUAAACAAUUCAUAAUGCAUUAUAAAGACAGCUAUAAAGUGUGAUGCAUUUUCAUAAAUAAGUAACCACAGCAAUCCUUUGGAACGUCUGCAAAAGAAGUUUGUUUGCUUCUCUGCGUUUUGGCUAAUAUCAAGUGUAGUACAACCCAAAUUGGGUUAUUUUUAGCCCAAAGGCUGAGUAAAUAUAGGACAGAACACAAUUUGGGCUAAACUAAACCAUCAAUCAUGGUCAAAAAAAAGGCAAAAGGUCAGGCGAUCGACAAACUGGGUAGACUGACCUAGACAAAGGCAGAAUAUGAAAAUUGAGAAACUGGGAACAAUAAGAUCAAAGAACCGGAAACGAGAACACAGAACAAAGCCUUGGUAGCGCACUGGCGGCAAAACACAGAAACAAUACUUCGCCCAGAAAGACACACGAAGACACACAGGGGUUUAAUUAUAUAGCGAAAUCAAAGGGCAUAACACAAAACAGCUGAGACAUUAAGAAAGAACCAGUAACAUAACAGGGGCGGAGACAGGACAGAAAUCAUAAUAAACACACUUGUCAAAAGUAAACAGUCAAUGAAAACCCGGAAGCGCACGCUUUCACGCUUCAGGUAGUCCAUGCGUGCCGAGGGGAUUUCUACGGAGGGAAAAUCCGUGACAAUAACAUUAUGAAUGUUUUCGUAGUUUAUCAUUGAUAUGACCUUCAGAGAAAGUUUUACUGAAUUUUUUUCUUUUCUAUUUUUCAGUCAUUUCUGUGUACUGUAAAUAGUAUCUGUGUAUUUUUUUUUUUUUAGGUCUGUGUAUAAAUUCACUAGUUGUAUAUUUUCAUUCUUUUUUUUUCUAAUAUGUAAAAUAGAUUCCAUAGAGUGGUUACUGCUGUGCAGUCUGAUGCCAUCUGAUCUCAGAUGAAGAGAAUCGCAGAUCAGAUUUCAUCACACUCAUUACAACAUGCAAUUUUAUUGCAACAUGUGAGCCAGAGGGGUUAAAAUGUAUGUCUCUAUAUUAGGGCUCAUCAUUCAUUCAUUCAUUCAUUCAUUCAUUCAUAUUAAGUAAGUGCUUUAUCCCGUUCAGGAUCGUAGUGAAUGCGGAGACUUUAUCAGGAACUCUGGGUGUGAAGCGGGAAUACGGACCAAACGAGGUGCCAGUUCAUCGCAGGGCAUCACGCGCACAUUUACACAUGCACUUACACCCAGGAGCAAUUUAACAAAGCCAGUCUACCUACUGGCAUGUUUUUGGGAGGUGGGAGGAAACCAGAGAACUCUGAGAAACCCAAACAGACACGGGGAGAAAAUGUGAAACUGCACGCAGACAGCAAGCCGAUCUCAGGAUCGAACAAAGGCUUCUAAAAACAUGUUAUUUUUUUUCUCAAACUCAGUCACAAUACCAAGAACUAUGGUCUCAGUGUACAGUCGUUCACAGCUUGCAUGUCUAAUUGUGGCUGCUUCUGUAUUUUUCACUUCACUGUAUUCUUCACUACAGAUUUUAGCAAAUAGCACUGGCUGCAUUUUUGUUCAACCUAAAAAUUAGUUUGUCAUCUAGGCAUUGUUGGGACUGAGAAUAUUAAUUAAUUAAUGCUGGUGUGGAUUAGAUUCUGAUACAGAAUGCCAUUUCGAACACAGUCCAUGGCUUAGCACUGUACCACAGGCAUGUAAUUCCCUGCAAAUUUAAGACAAAUACCAAAGUGUAGUUAAGUAAAAAUAGUAAAAAUCAUAGGGUGUGUUCUGGGUGUUUGGAUGCUGUUAUCGGAAAAUAAUGAAUGACGGGCUGGUGUGAGCUACUCUUAAAACCCUGAAGUCGAUUAUUUUCCUACAACAGCAUGUCCCAAAGUGUUUUAUUCUUCAAUUACCGCAGCAAUCCUUUGGGACGUCUACAAAAGAAGUUAGUUCGCUUCUCUGCCUUUUGGCUAAGAUCAAGUAUAGUACAGUAUAUGUCCUUAUCAGGGCAGUGGUAGGUCAAAUGUCAUCUUAUCAAGUGUAAAUAUCUUGAAUAUAGUCUAAUUUAUCUACACUCUACAAACACUGGGUUAAAAACAACCCAAAUUGGGUUAUGUUUUACGACUAACCCAGCAGUUGGGUUAUACAAAACUACCCAAAAACUACCCAAGAGCCAUUAAAUGGCCCAAAAGGCUCAACCCAGCAUUUGGCUCGAAAAAAUAACCCAGCAUUUUUAAAACUGUAGUAUUUCUUAUUAUAAGAUUAUAGUAAGCCAAAUAUAAGAUCAUUAAACAUGUUUCUAGACAUGAUUUCAAGCUUGUAGUUUUCUUCUAUUGGCAGAUCAUUUUGCUUCUUUCUAGAAAUAAAUACUUAAAAUGAGCAAAAUGAUCUGCCAGUAGAACACGACUGUUUCAAGCUUGAAAUGAGUAUAAAUGGCUUGAAAAAGGAUUAAUAAUCUUAUAUUUGGUGUAUUGUGAUCUUAUAAUAAGAAAUAUUAGAUUGAUUUGACUAUAUUCAAGGUAUUUUCACUUGCUAAGGUUCUAUUUUGAGUAGAUGCUAUUUUGAGUAGUACUGAUCAUGAGUUAAAAUCCCAGCACUGCCAAGCCACCACUGCUGGGCCCUUGAGCAAGACCCUUAACCCUCAACUGCUUAGUUGUAUAAAUGCAAGUCACCCUGGAUAAGGGCGUCUGCCAAAUGUCAUAAAUGUAAAUGUAGUACGUUAUAACCGGACAAACCAGAAAGCCUUCCAUCCUUCCAUAAAUACUUAAGUUAAAUACCUUUAAUCCUGACUGUUACACUGACACUGGAGACUUCCUUGCAAAAAAAAAAAAAAAAAAAGCUAAAAAAAAAUGUAAAUCUUCAGAACUUAGCUCUUUUUUAGUUCCCUGGUAGGCUGAUUAGUGGUUAGCAAGAUAGCAGUCUACAUAAAUCCUUUGACUGUUUAAUAUUUUAAGACCAUAGAAUGAUAAGGUUCUAUCUGACAAUACUGUGAUUUUAAGAUCUUGAGCCAUAAAGUACUUGAACCUUUUAGAAGUUUUGAACGUCCAUAAGGUUAAUGUAGAUAGCUUUUUUUUUUUUUUUUGAUUUUUAUGCUUUUAAUUAAUAAUUUGCUUUAAAGCUUAUGUGCAAACAUAUAACUCAUAAAAAUGAUGUUUGGCCAAAAAAAAGUCAGACACAACCUUAAAAUUCCAAAGUCUGUAAAAUACAGUUUCUCAUCUUUCAUUAGCUUCUGAAGUUUUUCAUUGAGAUAUUGCUGUAACUACAAUAAAACACAAAUGACUGAAUAAACAUGUGACUGUUCAAACAGGAGUAGUUCUGCUACUUUUGUGUACUUAAAUGUGCUUUGUGAUUAUUUUUUUUGUGAAAUGAUUAUUUGUAUUUUAUGCUUAGCUGUACACACACACACACA